AGAAAUGAGGUAGAAUAAUUUGAAAUAGUGGGUCAUAAAAGCCAUAAGCUAAGCUGGCUUUCCUUACUUUAAACAUAAGAGAGAGAGACCCCUUCAUUCCACCCUUGUUCAUAAGCACCUGCAAACAGGAACCCAAGAGAAAAACCUCUCUCUCUCUCAUCAUUCCAAAAGCAAAAGCAAAAGCGAAUUAAAGGGCGAGAGAAAGAAGCCCCCCAAGGCUGAAAAAAGAGCAAAAGAGGCCAUCCGCAAGAGAUAAUAAAGAGGAGAAAUCAAGAGAGGAGAAGGUUUUCGUGUGCGAGAAGAGCAAUGAUGCAGACGCAGAGGACGCUUGAAAACCAGCAAUCUAUGCAGUCGGGCCAGAUUUCUGGGAGCCUCAGCUUCAACGGCACUCUCUCCAAGGAAGACGAGGAGAUGUCCAAAUCCGCUCUCUCCACUUUCAGGGCCAAGGAGGAGGAAAUUGAGAAGAAGAAGAUGGAAGUUAAGGAGAAAGUUCAAGCUCAGCUCGGCCGAAUUGAAGAAGAAACCAAGCGUUUGGCCGUCAUCCGUGAGGAAUUAGAUGCCCUCUCAGACCCAAUGAAGAAGGAAGUCUCCUUUGUUCGCAAGAAAAUCGACUCUGUUAACAAGGAGUUAAAGCCAUUGGGGCAAACAUGCCAGAAGAAGGAGAGGGAGUACAAAGAAGCUCUAGAAGCAUUCAAUGAGAAGAACAAAGAGAAAGUACAGCUAAUCACUAAAUUGAUGGAGGUGAGGGCAAAACUAAUCUUGCUUAUCCAUUCUAAUCACACACUAAAUGCCCGUGAGCUUAAGUUAAUAACGAGCUAUGUUUUUUACUCAGCUGGUGAGUGAAAGCGAGCGGAUGAGGCUGAAGAAGCUGGAGGAGCUGAGCAAGAACAUAGAAACAAUACGCAUCGCCUAAUGUUGUUUGACCCCUCUCAUCUCUGAUUUGGAUAUUGUGUGAUGUGUAUUUAAGAUAAAAGGCAUUUCGUAUUUAAUAUAUUUUGGUGUUUCUUGGGUUUGGUUGUAUUCUAAAGUUUUUCUUUUGUAUCUUGUUUGUUGAGUUAGCUGUUGAUGGAAAGUGUUCUAAUUUUAGGAAGGGUAACUCCUUAAACAGGUUUGUAACUAAAACAGGUCUGAAAAACUAUGUAUUCUUCUAAGGUCUUUUUUUUCUCUCUC